AGUCAAGGAUUUUCGGAUAAAUAGGGGAAACCUACCGAGCGUUCUCAGUUUUUCCUGCGUUAGUAGAGGUGAUAAGUCGUGUUUUUGACGUUCAGUGUGCCACAAUGCCUCCAGUAGCUGCCACAGUUUGCAACACGCUUUCCUCCCCUGAAAAUGGUAAAGAGGUAUGUGCCGUCAAAAAAGUACAACAGGACACACCCAAGAGUGAAGACGUAUUGCCUGAAAUGACAAGAUGUUACAAAACUCUCCUCAAAUCACUUGGGGAAGAUCCAGAGAGAGAAGGACUCUUGAAAACACCAGAAAGAGCCAGCAAAGCGUUGAUGUUCUUCACGAAAGGAUACACAGAAAGUGUACAAGAGAUACUGAACGAGGCUAUAUUCACUGAAGACCACGACGAGAUGGUGCUGGUGAAAGACAUCGAGAUGUUUUCUAUGUGCGAACACCACAUGGUGCCAUUCUAUGGCAAGGUAUCCAUAGCCUACCUGCCCCAAGGCAAAAUUUUGGGCUUGAGCAAACUGGCAAGGAUAGUAGAGAUUUUCUCCAGGCGUUUACAAGUCCAGGAAAGGAUGACCAAACAGAUCGCACAGGCAGUUUACGACGCCGUUAAUCCAGCUGGAGUGGCAGUUUUCAUUGAGGGAGUUCACAUGUGCAUGGUCAUGAGGGGAGUGCAGAAAAUAAACAGCAAGACGGUAACAGCAACAACUUUGGGAGCCUUCAAAGAAGACAACAAACUGAGAAAAGAAUUCUUCCACUUGGUGCAAAAUUAAAGUGUUCAGGCUGACAAGCUCGACUGUGAUAGUGAUAGAACAAAUAGUCUCAAUUGGUUAUCGAUUAGAACCAUCGAAAAUUGAAACAGUGUAUCCCUUGUAAAAACUCAUGAAGCUUACGUCCAGUUUCAUAAUCAAAUUUGAGUCACUUUGAGCUUAAAGCUUCCUUUACUGUCAUUUUUAGUAGGGUUAAUGGAAGCUUUAAAAUUAGAGGGACUUCAGGUUUGAUUACAGGCCGUUCAUUUUUUAUUAUCGCAUAGAAUGGUUGUGUAAUCAGAAAAAAUGUAUGUAUGUGUGUAUAUAUGUAAAAAGGCACUUUUAAUAUAAACAGUUUGAGAUCUCCCAUAUUUGAUAACAUUCUUGAUGAAUAGAAAGAUUAUAUCCAACAAAG